UGUAAUGAUCCGCGUUUCCAGUCGGAAGAAAGCAUAAUGGGGACACGGUCACAUUGACUGGUCUGUCCUACACAUACAACGCUAAAUAAUCAGUAUGUAUUUAAGCAAUAUGUUUUGUAAGAAGUUUGGGGAGCUCGUGCAAGGGAUAUCUACUAGAAGUUUGAAGAGAGACGGGGCUGCGUCGGGAAGGAGAUCGUUCAGCUGGACCUCAGUAUGUCAGCACCGCGCUCUGUUUCUGAACCGUCGCGCAUGUCCAGCUGUCCAAUUACGCCCAGUACCAAACCAUGUCAGGGCCUGCUACGCCUCGCAGUCCACCGUGGACCCAGACGAGGUGAAGAAGUUCCAGGCACUGGCCAGCAAGUGGUGGGAUGAACAAGGGGAAUUUGCAGCCCUCCACUCCAUGAACGACUUACGGGUGCCUUUCAUACGGGACAACCUGAUGCGUGUCCACGGGGGGCGCCACCCCGGGAAACCCCUCGCCGGUCUACGCAUCCUGGACAUGGGCUGUGGAGGAGGCCUCCUCACAGAGCCCCUAGGCAGACUGGGGGCAGACGUGUUGGGGAUUGACCCGGCAGCCAACAGCAUCGGGACAGCAGAGCUCCAUACCUUCCGAGACCCGGAGCUGCUGGGGCGUGUCAGCUAUCGGGCCUGCACCCUGGAGGAGCUGUCCCAGGGCCUGGAGGGGGAGGGGGAGGGGGAGGGGGAGGGGGGGGAGGCGGUGGAGGGGGAAGAGGAGUCGUUCGACGCGGUGGUGGCCUCUGAGGUGGUGGAACACCUGGCUGACCUGGACACCUUCGCCCUCUGCUGCGGGGACGUCCUGAAGCCCGGAGGCUCUCUCUUCAUCACCACCAUCUCCAAGACCAACCUGUCCUACGCCCUGGCCAUAGUGGCGGCAGAGCGGGUGCUGGGCAUCGUGCCCAGCGGUACCCACGACUGGGACAAGUUCAUCACCCCUGUGGACCUGGAGCGCCUCCUGGAGUCCAAUGGUUUUAGUGUGGAGAGUAUCCAGGGCAUGCUGUACAACCCUGUGUCUGGGGGGUGGAGCUGGACGCAGAGCACCAGCGUCAACUACGCCCUGCACGCCGUCAAGAGGACGGAGGAGGCCCCGCCCGGCCACACCCAAACAGGCCCCGCCCACACUGGAGGCAGAGACGCGGCCCCUCCUGGACACAGCUGAGGGCGAGGGAGGGUGACGGGAAACAGGAGUGGGGGAAGACUGUGAUGGAGGAGGUAGGACUGAAGCAUCUCCAAGGUUCUUCCCCGGAGAUUUCCUUUAGGAGAUGUUCCGGACCAGACCUGGAGGAUGAGAGGAUGGAAAGACGGGGUCGGGGAUAGAACAGAGCUCGUCUGGACAGUCCUUGUGUAUCUUGUUGGCAGUGUGGUAUUUAUUUUAGCCAGCCGACGCUAGACAGCAGUGCUGAGCUGGUGUGACCUUGUUUGAAGAGCACUCUGCUGCCAAACUGUCUUGAAGAAUCACCAUGAGAUGAGCUGAAGUCCGAGUGUUCACGGCCAUGGUGAGGGGCGAGGGGUUAGAUGUACUGUUCAAAAGGAAAAAGACAGAAUCAUGCCUAAUAAACAGAUGAAACAUG